ACAUCUGUAUUUCUAUCAAAAGGUGAUUAUUUAGAUAUUUUUCCAGCACAAAUUUUUGGAGUCUCCGAAGCAAAAGUUGGUGAAAAUGUAACAAUAAAGUGCCACACUAACGUUCAGAGCACAGAGAAAGAAGUUCACAUGUAUUUGUGUAAAAAUGGAGUGGGAGAGAGAAUGGAACCACUUGAAAAUAAGGAUGAGCAGAUCUUCAUUUUGAAGAAUGUUUCUGUACGGGAUUCUGGUAUCUACAGUUGCAUGUACUCAUUUACAAAAUAUCCUCCAAAAAAUGUCACAGGAUCAGGGACAAACUCAAUCCAUGUCCGAGUCACUGGUAAUACUUUGGGCAUUUUUCCAGCAAACAUUUUUGGACCCUCCACAGCAAAAGUUGGGGAAAAUAUAACAUUAACGUGCAUCAUCUCUAACAUUCAGAGUUCAAACAAAGAGUUUCACAUGUAUUUGUGUAAAAAUGGUGUUGGGGAGAGAUUAGAAAUACUUUUAAAUAAAGCAGAGCACAUCUUCACUUUGAGCAGUAUUGCAGUACAGGAUUCUGGUAACUACAGUUGCAUGUACUCAUUUACAAAAUAUUCUACAAAGAAUGUCACAGGAUCAGGGACAAACUCAAUCUAUGUCCAAGUCACUGGUCCUAAGACUCAACCAGAAGAUUCUGGGAAAAAUACCUUGGCAGCCAUUUUUAUUGUUUUCCUGUUUGGGAUUGUCUUUAGUCAGAUGUAUUGCUACAGAAGGAUAAUAUAUAACAAGUUGUGUCAAAACCAAGGACAGAGCAUUGAACCCGUAAAUACAAGGAAUAUUCAAGGUCGAGGAUAUGAAAACCAGCCAGUGAACAGGAAUGUAUCUUACAAUGACACGGGUGAAUACGCCACAAUAUCUGAAACAGGAGGGGACAUUAGACCACUCACUUCUUGUGCCACUGAGAACACAGUGGUUUAUAGUCUUGCUGAACCUGUUGAGUUAUACAGCUUAAUACAGCACCAUGAAAAUAAGGUGAUCAAGUCUAAAGGGAUGAAACCCUCUGCAGAAACACUGAUCUAUGCCCAAGUAAAGAAGGACAAGAAGAAAAAAACUUGGCACUGAUUUUUACCAAUAUGAAUAAAUGUCAUAUUGAAACACAGAUUUAAUUACCAUGGAUUCAAGUAUCAAAUCGAAAGAAAAGUAAUGAGGGGACAAGUCAGAUUUACAGUAUUUAUGUGUAAUUAAACCAGCACUGACAUACAAACACGAAAAAAAAUAAGAAUUAAGAAAGAGAGGGGGAUUUGUUUAAAUCAACUGAUCAACUAAUAAAGUUGCUUUUAAAAUUUCUGUUUUAGUAGCAAAAUAUGUGCUGUUUGUAAUUUCCAGACAAUACAUUCAGCUUGUAUUAAAUAGUGAAUAUUGUAAUAUUUAUGCUUACGUUAAGAUUUUACAAUUCAGUUUUAUUUUGCUUGCUUAAUGAGAUAUCAACUUUAGCGUAUUACUGCUUCAUUUACUGAGUUAAUUUUGUUUGGACUCCUAAUUUCAACCUUGUGACUUCAAAUCCCAGCCGGUGAUGCCACUGUUUGGCUCUUGAGCAAGGCCCUUAACACUCAUCUGCUUAGUUGUUUAGUAAAAAUGAGAUAAUUAAAGGUUGCUCUGGAGAAGGGCAUCUGCUACAUGCCGUAAAUGUAAACGUGAUAUUAUAAUG